AUGAAUAGAGAGGAAAAAAGCAAGACUGGUGACUGGUUUGGUUCCAAAGACAACAAAGAUGCAGUACAGAAACUAAGUCCUCAUCCUGUGAAGCCUAUAAGUGCCACAUUGUCUGGUUGGGGCCAAGAGAAGAAGCCUAAUAAACAAGCGCUCACCGCGGCUCUGAGCAGCCUGGAAGUGCUGAAAUCUGUAACUGGCGGACAGCAGCAGGCACUGAAAAAACCCUGA